AUGACCAGGAGACCCUCUCUCCGUCCUCACUGCCCCGGGGGAAAUCGAGACACGACAAUUAAUGAAAAAGGGAAGGCCAGGGCGGGCGGCCUUGCCGAACGAAGCGCCGAUCAGAGCCCACAAUCAAACAUGGCGUCCGUCUCUCCGCCAGCCCUCACUACCCCUCCGCCGGAAUUUCUGAUGCUCAUUUCUUGUCUAACCAAUAGCACAUUGGAAGCUCUGAGAUCUCGUCAUUUUGUUAGUGUUCUUAACCUCCUGAUGCAACUGAGAAGGAUAUGUAAUCAUCCUAACCUGAAGUGCCCCAGGUCUGUCUGUUCGGCCUAUGUGUUCAGAGCUCUGCAAUAUACAGUUGCGUCUGUUGUGUUGAAAGUGCUUGAAUAUGACCCUUGGAAGAAUGUGGACUUGUCUGCCUUCAAUCUAGCUGGAAUCGAAAACAAACUUUCUCGAUAUGAGGCCGAGAUGGUCAUGCCCAAACGGAAGGUGACGAGGAAACUCAUUGAGGAAAUCUACUACUCGCCAGAUCUUCCACCCAGACCCAGACCAGUUAAAGUGAAAGUCAGCAAGUUGUUCCAGCCUGUACAGUAUGGCCAAAAGCCAGAUGACCGGACAGUUGUGGUCGUUGGUACUCAGCCUCAGCGGGCACCCAGCACAACUUCAGCUGCAUCCCAUCAAGGGCAAGCACGUGGCAAGUCUUCAGCUGUUGCGGUGCCUGCUUCUCAGGUUAUGACUUCUGCCCAGGCAGCGACUCCAUUUCAGAUGAAUCAGACUACUGCCAAUGCACCGGGACAGCAGCAAGCGGUGAACAGCACCAUCACCUCUAGCACAGCCAGUCCAGCCCUGAGCAGCACUGCAGGCCUGGUCACCCAGCAGGGACAGGCCGCUUCCCAGGCCUCGCACACGGGUCAGGCCCAGCAACAGGCCUCCUCUGCUCACACCGCCCCGACAACCAAUGUGCCGCAUCAGAGGCUGGUGCUGACCUCACAGGCCCAGGCACGAUUGCCUAGUGGAGAAGUCGUUAGCAUCGCCCAGCUUGCCUCCAUAGCUGGUGGGCAAGGACGAGGCACCCAGACUAGUCAGCCCGUGACGCUGCACUUCCAAGGGAACAAGUUUACCUUGUCUAGCAGUCAAUUGCGGCAGCUCACUGCAGGCCAGCAUCUCCAGUUACAAGGUAAUGUCCUACAAAUAGUAUCAGCACCGGGGCAGCAGAUUAUGCGUCAACAAAGUCAGGCUUUGAUGCAAGCACAAUCCCAGAGCAAUGCAGUCCAAAAUGCAUCUGCAGCAACUGGAAACCAGCAAGGAAUAGUACCUAGUUCUGUUUCCACUUCUGUUUCAACACAAGCAUCUUUCCUCACGACCAGAACAGUUAGCAGUUCAGCAUCUGGUGAGCAGGGAGCAAUCCUAAGGCCAAUAUCUUCUCUAGGAUCUGCUACACAGGAUUCUAUAGAAGAAAAGAAAAAAUUCAUAAAGGAACGGUUGGACCGAAUUUUCUUGAUAAAUGAGAAACGAUGUUCUGUGAUGCCUGUCUAUGGUACAGAACUGUUGGGAGUUUGCUUCUUGAUUGGCGAAUAUAAACUUACAAAGCCUAAAUCAGCUGAGAACUCCUGGCUUUUCUCUGGUUACGUGAACUGCUGCAACAUUCAGCAGUCAGUGAGUGACUCCUUUGCUGAGAUAUCUUGGAAAAGGACAGAAUCUUUGUCACAAGCAAUCUUAUCCACGGAUCAGAGGCAAGAUAGUAUGCAAGACAUCGUUAAAAGGGUUCACUGUGUUGUUCCAAAUGUAGUGGCACCUCCGCCAAUUCUGUACACGUUUAACCCUCCACCUUCUUACACGCAUCGCAUGAGGCUAUUCAAAUCUAACCUUAAACAGGAACUGGCUCCAUAUACCCAACAAUUGCUGCAGGUUACUUCUGCGACAAAGUUACUGUUAACUGACCCGAGACUUGUACAGUUUGACUCAGGGAAAUUGGAAGCACUGGCUGUUCUGCUUCAUAAACUGAAAUCAGAAAGACGCCGAGUGUUGAUAUUCACACAAAUGGUUCAAAUGCUGGACAUUCUGGAGAGUUUCCUGGAUUACCACAGUUUUGCUUUUGUGAGAAUUGAUAGUAAUGUUCAUCUUAAUCAACGACAGGUGCUGAUGAAACUUUUUAAUACAGAUAAGCGCAUCUUUUGUGCCAUCCUUUCUACCCGUGGAGGUGCUACGGGUGUUAACCUGGUUGAUGCUGACACUGUUAUUGUCUAUGACAGUGACUUGAACCCAACCCUGGAUUCACAAGUCCAGGAAUGGUGUGAUAGAAUUGGAAAAUGUAAAGAUAUUCAUAUCUACAGACUGGUUAUCGGCAACUCCAUCGAGGAGAAACUUCUCAAAAAUGGUACAAAGAAUUUGAUCAGAGAUGUGGCUUCGCAUGGAAGCAACUAUUGCACAGCGUACUUGCAGCAGGUAUUUGUCCGUGAUACGUUAGCUGUUACUGAGUGA